CAGCCGCCCUCCCCGCGCAGCGCUGGCCCCGCCCCCUGCUGUCAGUCAGUCAGUCUCCCCCCCGAGCAUGGCGGAGGCCGCGGGAGCUGUCUUCCUGCUCUUCAUCUCGCUGUCCCCCCGGCCCGUCUCCCUCUGGCUGCUCGGCCUGCGCCCCGAGGACACGGUGGGCGGCCGGGUGUCCCUGGAAGGGGGGACGCUGAGGGCGGCGGAGGGCACCCGCUUCACCCUGCGGGUCUACUUCCAGCCGGCUGCCGCUCCUCCCCCGCUCCAGACCCCGAGCCCCGCGGGGGUCAAUGGCAGCGCCGGCUCCUCCCCCCCGCGGCUGGUGUUCAUCGAGGAGCCGCGGGCCAGUGGCUCCUGCCAGGAUGAGGGCUCCUGGGCGUCGGAUGUGGAGGUUGUGGGGCCCCUGCAGGCCGGGCAGGGGGGCUCCGCGGUGGUGGAGGUGGCUGUGCGGGAGCUGCGCAAGGGGGAGCGGGGCAAGCUCUUCUCGCUUUGCGCCUUCGACGGGCGGAGCUGGGAGCACCACGGCGGAGCGCACUUCGGGCUGGAGGUACGGGAGGCGGAGCCUGGCAUGCCAGGCUGGCUGCGUAUCAUGGCGGCGCUCAUGCUGCUGGCCCUCUCUGCGCUGUUCAGCGGGCUGCGGCUCAGCCUGCUCUCCCUGGACCCGGUGGAGCUCCGGGUUCUGCAAAACAGCGGCUCGGCGGUGGAGAAAGAGCAGGCCAGGCGCGUGCAAGAGGUGCGCAGCCGUGGAUCCUACCUGCUCUGCACCCUGCUCCUUGGCAACGUGCUCUCCAACGCCGCUCUGGCCGGAUGGCUGUGCUCCUCGCUGCCGGGACCCCUAUGGCUGCCCAUUGUGCUGUGCACCGUGUGUGUCUUUCUGGUUGGAGAGGUGGCCCCAUACUCGGUGUGCUCCCGCCAUGGACUGGCCAUUGCCUCCCGUACUGUGUGGCUCACCCGCCUGCUGAUGGCCGCUACCUUCCCAGUGUCCUUCCCGCUAAGCCGCCUACUAGACUGGGCCCUACGCCAGGAAAUUGGCACCUUCUACACCCGGGAGAAGCUGCUGGAGAUGCUGCGGGCUGCCGAUCCUUACAAUGAUCUGGUCAAGGAGGAGCUGAACAUCAUCCAAGGGGCUCUGGAGCUUCGAACCAAGGCGGUGGAGGAUGUGCUGACCCCUCUAGGGGACUGCUUCAUGCUGCGCUCAGACGCAGUGCUUGACUUUGCCACAGUGUCCGAGAUCCUGCGCAGCGGCUACACCCGCAUUCCCGUGUAUGAAGGAGAGGAUCGGGCCAACAUAGUGGACAUCCUCUUCGUCAAGGAUUUGGCCUUCGUGGACCCCGAUGACUGUACCCCACUGCAGACCGUGACCCGCUUCUACCACCGGCCCCUGCAUUGUGUCUUUAAUGAUACCCGUCUGGACGCUGUACUGGAGGAGUUUAAGAAGGGUAAAUCCCACCUGGCUAUAGUUCAACGAGUAAAUAAUGAAGGAGAAGGCGACCCUUUUUAUGAGGUGAUGGGGAUUGUAACUCUGGAAGACAUCAUAGAAGAAAUAAUAAAGUCCGAAAUCUUAGAUGAAACAGAUCUAUACACAGAUAACCGAAAUAAGGAGAGAAUUCCUCAACGAGAAAGGAAACAGCACGACUUUUCACUCUUCAAACUUUCAGACAGCCAGAUGAAGGUAAAGAUUUCUCCGCAACUGAUGCUGGCUACACAUCGGUUUAUGGCGACAGAAGUCGAGCCGUUUAAGGCACCUUACCUUUCAGAGAAAAUUAUACUACGUCUUCUGAAGCACCCAAAUGUAAUCCAGGAGAUUAAGUUUGAUGAGAAGAACAAAAGAUCUUCAGAGCAUUACCUUUACCAACGCAACCGACCAGUUGAUUAUUUUAUUCUAAUUCUGCAGGGUAAAGUAGAAGUAGAAGUUGGUAAGGAAGGGUUAAGAUUUGAGAAUGGAGCCUUCACAUAUUAUGGAGUUCCAGCUAUAAUGACAACUGUUUCUUCAGAUAACGACGUAAGGAAAGUUGGGAGCUUGGGUGGAUCAUCAUUUCUGUUACCCGUGUCGGUAUCUCGUACCUUCGCUUUCAGCAGAGGGGAAUCUUUGGCUGGCUCCCCAGUAGUAAACAGAUCCCCUUCUCGCUGCAGUGGUUUGAACCGUUCUGAAUCCCCUAACAGAGAGCGCAAUGACUAUGGGGGCAGCAACAAUCAGUUAAGCAACAGCAACAACAAUCUUUACAUCCCUGAUUACUCUGUACACAUCCUGUGUGAUGUGCAGUUUGUUAAGAUUACAAGGCAGCAGUAUCAAAAUGCACUGACCGCCAGCCGCAUGGACAGCUCUCCUCAGUCUCCAGAAAUUGAAGUCUUUAGCGAGGGCGAUAGCACAAAAUCAACAAAAUACCUCCGGGUGUCUGAAUCUCCGAAAGAUGACACCACUGCCACCUUGGCACACGACAGGAACAGCAGCUUUGCAGGCAGCAAAUCUGAUGGGUUGAAAAGUCCUAAUGACUCUGUAUUUCUACAUAUGGAAGACAUCCCUCGAAUCAGAGAAGAACUGGCAGAUAAUGCAAAUUGUACAAUACAUCACACAGAUUGUUGUGGUAUUGGCAUGGAUCAAGAGAAUUCCAGUGUUGAAAUAGUCACAAAUUCAACAGUGAGCUGUAGUACAGAAGAAACUUUGGGGAAGAAGUUACUUAGAACACUGAGUGGCAAGACCCGAAAGAAGUCACGGGAUGCUGAGAAAAGCCCAGAAGAAAGUUCUGUUUUGCAUUUAAUCACAUGAAAAGUAUGACCCAACGAUUAUUAACAUGCGGACUGCUGUCUUUUAACAAUAUAUAUAUAUUACACGUACAGGUGAUGAAAAGGAAUUUUCUGUCUGAUAUCAAUAAGUCCUAACUGCUUUCAUUUUUUACUAAAUAUUCUUGUGCCUGAGCACUUAUAUUGCAGGACAGCGAUUUUUCUAAUGCUUUACAUCUGCCAAAACUGUUACUAUGCAUUCUGGUUAGAUAAAUGUUGCAAAUAUUCUUAA